AGGCAGUGGUGUGUGUGUGUGUGUGUGUUUGUGCAUCAGCGAAUGUGAAGUACUCUUCCUCAACACAAGCAGCAACACCGUCCGUCAGUCGACGAGGAGUCCGAGCACGUCCGAAGAAAGAAAUAAGGUUCAAAUCACAACGUACGUGUUCUCUCUGUUCUUCCUAUUGCUUAUACUUCCUACUCCCUUUUUGUGUCUUCUUUCUCCUCUCCGGGGGGCGCCAGAGCGCUUUGCGGCGUUGACCGACGCGCUGAAGCAUCACGACUCUCGCUCUUUUUUUCUUGCUGAGGUUUUUUGCUGCCAACGAAUGUGUCGGGGGGUAUAAAAUCUCUCGUGCUGUCGUUAGUUAUCAUUACUGUUUUCUCCGGUUACUCUCGUACGCUCGAGUUGUUGAGGCGUACUGCAUUUUCUUAACAAUAUAUAUAGAGGGCUGUAUUAGGUGUUAUUUGAACGCGCGCUUUUCCUACUCUCCUCUCCGCUGUCGUUCGUGACCUUUGCAGGUCGUUCCGUCUUCCCUUACCCCUGUGCACACCGCCGGCAUGUUCAGCGAUGCGUGCGGUGGGAGACGUGAACACUACGUCGAUCUAUUUGCCGAUGAAGAGGCCCGACUGGGGCAGUACAAGGAGAAGCAGAGUUGUCUCCUGGCGAUUGAGGAGGUGGUGGAGCGACUGCGGGAGCAGUCCUGCAUCCAUGAGCGCAUCGUCACCGUGGAAGAGUUCGAUGAGCCGACGGGCCCGCAGAGUGUGCUGAACGUGCUCGCCAAGUCCUGUUACUUCGUUGUGGUGCAGACGGCCUCGUAUUGGUGGUCGCUGGAACGCCGCGACGACACCAUCGUCAUACAGCGCUCGAGGAACUUCAGCAGUGUGCACAGCCGUUGUAGAGGCUCGUACCGUAGUUAUCGGUGGCUGCUGGAGACGGCGCCGACAAGUCAGCGGUCGGUGCGCUGUCGACGUGGCCCAAAGUUGGUGGAGCUGUUCAGCUCGAUGCUGCGCGAUCACGUCUUCGACGCGAAGGGCUGCGAGUCCUCCUCGUGGGAGUUCUCCAGCUACGUCUUUGAUUUUUGUCUUUACGGCCGUCACCCUUCACGUACGCAGGCAGAAGUUAACUGA